UAUUUACCUUGCGAAUAUUUUUUUAGAUGUAGAAAAACUAACUUUUUGACUUUUAAUCAUUAGUGUAACUCUAACAGUGACUGUUGCGAUGGUAACUGCAAGAAUAACAAGUGCUCUGCUUGCAAAGUGUCAGGCGCAUCAUGUUUUUCCGACUCCGACUGUUGCGAAGGAAAAUGCAGCUAUUAUAGAUGCACUAAAGGCCACUAAAAUAUCACCUAUGUUUUCCUUGCGACGAUGGCUGUUCUUAUCGAUGGCUUCAUACAGUGCGUUUACCUGUAAUGGUCGUCUCGUGAAGGCAACGAACAUUACCACUGACAUUCCCAAUCAAAGCGGAUUUACAACUUUAACAAUACCUAAUAAUAUGUGUAUAUUUUAUAAAAGCUUUUUGAUGGUGAAUAAAUAAAAUUAACAUAAUGAAUUUGAGAAAAUAAAUACAAACAAAGGAAUUUA